CAGGACUACCGCUUGAAUAUCUUUUUGCGACAGAAGUGGAAUGACCCACGUCUUGCCUACAGUGAAUAUCCAGAUGAUUCUUUAGAUUUAGACCCUUCUAUGUUGGAUUCUAUAUGGAAACCUGAUUUAUUCUUUGCAAAUGAAAAAGGUGCUAACUUUCAUGAAGUUACAACUGACAACAAGCUCCUAAGAAUAUUCAAGGAUGGAAAUGUUCUGUAUUCCAUUCGAUUGACACUUACAUUGUCUUGUCCUAUGGAUCUGAAAAAUUUCCCUAUGGAUGUGCAGACUUGUAUUAUGCAGUUGGAGAGCUUUGGAUACACAAUGAAUGAUUUAAUUUUUGAGUGGCAAGAAAAUGCACCUGUGCAGAUUGCUGACGGGCUUACUCUUCCACAGUUUGUUCUAAAAGAAGAGAAAGAUUUACGUUACUGUACUAAGCAUUAUAAUACAGGAAAGUUUACAUGCAUUGAAGUUCGAUUCCAUCUAGAGAGGCAGAUGGGGUAUUACCUGAUUCAGAUGUACAUUCCCAGUCUUUUGAUUGUUAUUUUAUCAUGGGUAUCCUUUUGGAUCAAUAUGGAUGCUGCUCCAGCUAGAGUUGCCCUUGGUAUAACAACGGUGCUUACUAUGACAACACAGAGCUCUGGAUCCCGAACCUCCCUUCCAAAGGUAUCAUAUGUUAAAGCUAUUGAUAUCUGGAUGGCUGUUUGUCUGCUGUUUGUCUUUUCUGCAUUAUUGGAAUAUGCAGCGGUCAACUUUGUGUCAAGGCAGCACAAAGAACUUCUCAGAUUUCGUCGGAAGAGAAAGAAGGAUAAGGUUUUUGUCUAUUUUUUUGUACCCAUUCACGUUUGCAUUGGAUUAAAUGCUUAUACCUUUGCAGGGUUGGAAGUAGUUUUAAAACACAAAACAAAUAUCCCAUAA